AUGGCCUACUACAGCAAUCCUAACUAUAACAGCGGCCAUCGCCACUCUGUGAGCUCUGGACAUCAUCACCACAACCACAGUCCAGCACCCCCAGGAUACUCGGGAGGAGGGUAUGGUUAUCAGCAGCCACCUCUUGGAGCUGAUCCUCAGCUAUGGCAGUGGUUUUCUGCCGUCGACGCGGAUCGUUCAGGCGCGAUCAGUGCCAAUGAACUCCAGUCUGCCCUUGUGAAUGGGAACUGGUCAGGGUUCGAUUUGGACACUGUGAAGAUGCUCAUGAACAUAUUCGACACCGAUCGUAGCGGAACCAUCGGAUUUAACGAGUUCUCCGGCUUGUGGAAAUACAUCAGCGAUUGGCAGAACGUAUUCAAGCAUUUCGACAAGGAUCGCUCGGGAACCAUAGACGGAUAUGAACUCGCAGAAGCCCUGCGCAGCUUCGGAUAUAACCUUGCACCGAGCAUUCUGACGCUGAUUGAACAGAAAUAUGCGACCGGUCCCUCAACUGGGUAUGGUCCUCCGCCGGGAAUCACCUUCGACCGAUUUGUCAGGGCGUGUGUUGCGGUCAAGAGCUUGACGGAAUCUUUCCAACGAGUCGACACCGACCGUGAUGGCUGGGUGACAAUAAACUACGAGGAUUUUAUGAAGAUUGUUCUCAAUGCGCCGUGAUGGUCUCUUGUUAUUCUUAUUUGAUAACACAACGUGUACAAUGCUCUGUGUACGAAACUUUGUCCAAACUUUGUCUGCGCGCCCUCGAUUCAAUACUCCAUGAAUGGCUUCUUUCUUGUUUCUUGUCUUUGAUGUCGUUGCUUGUCGUAGUAACAAUACCUAUGUAAAUCCAAUUUACCCGAGUUUCGGUCG